UUUAUUCCCACGUUUUUCACGGCACAUCCAAUAUUUACAUGACUCCAGACAAAAUAUCAAGAAAACACGUCACCUUCAAAUUGUGCCCAGGGAAGAGCAUUUCAGCACCUGCCUGUCACUAUACGUCGCUGUAAUAGAUAGGUGAGCGUUGAAGUAUCAAUUAAUUCAUCACAUUAAAAGCUUUUUCUCCCAAUUUUCUAAUCGAUCAGCGACAUGUUCUAAUUCAUGUGGGAAAAAAUAUAUUAUUCUCUCCUGCUCAAAAUGUGAGGCAAAAUGAUUGUCAUCACGAGCAUUUGUAGAUUUCUUCACGUUACUGAAUCAACAUUCAAGCGUUUUUAUCCUCAGCAAAUCUAAUCCAAUCUUGAUUUAUUCCUUAUAAAUAAAUGUCAAUUUCUGUUUAUUCAGCGUCAUCAUGAUGGAAAUGUUAACUAAGACAUAUAUCUUGACAUUUGUCCUUUUUAUUAUGCUAGCAUCGUGACUUGCUUGGCACACUAAAAGCAUUUCAAGCGUUGACAGGGACGUUGCCUUGUUGUGCCGGAGCAUGCGAAGGGGGGAGGGACACACACACACACACACACACUAUUGGUUGUGUUAGUGCGUGUGUGUUUGUGAAUGCCAGUCACAGACUGACACCCUGAUGUGACUGGCAGCUGCUGUUGAUAGCGAAAACCACACACAUGCAAAAAUCACUUCAUUUUGACAGGAAUGUGUGGAACGUCUCAAUCAGAUCCAAUGGAGGGAGGGCCAAUCAAUUAUGGGGGUUUAUUUGGUCGUCGUUUCUGAAAGAAGACAUUUAAGUUCCAUUGACGGCGAGAGACGUCCGAUCCAUUCCGACCGGAAGGGAAAUUGAUUGGAUGUCUAUCGCUGUCGAUGGCGGCCGAUGAGUUAACUAUGGGAGGCAGCUGGAUUUCAUAGGGUCUGGUUUUUUUGCUAGGCCACCUUUCUGUUUUUGUAUUGACAGUGACCAAAUUGAAUGCAUAAUGGCCGGUUUAAACCUUUUUCGUCAGUCUCGCUAAGUUUCAUGCACCCUCCGUGCCCCGUGAGGCCUGCCAGAUGUCCCGCUGAAGCGUUCUGUGUUUUGCUCAUCACCGAGGCGAAGGGAAAGGCCUUAGCCGGUCAUCCGGGCCGAGGCGUAAGAAGGUCCUUCCGAGCGUCCGCUCCCGCAAAUGACCAUAUGUGGACAUACCGAGGCGGCCCAGAGACGACGACGGCCGCCGCCAAAUGCGGAAAGCCAUCUCCCGUUCGGGGCUCCAGCACUUGGGGCCGCCCCCGCCCGCUUUGUCGUUGGCCUCCAACGGACCCAGCAAGGAGCUCCGCAGCUGCAUGGACUGGACGGAGAACGCAGUCAACGGCGACCACAUGUGGAUGGAGACCAGCUGCUCGGGCGAGCUCUGCUACUUGGGGGAGGACGCCUGUCUGGUCAAGGCCUCGAAGUCGGCGCUAAGGAGGAAGUGCGCCGCCUGCAAGAUCGUCGUUCACGCGAGCUGCUUGGAGCAGUUGGAAAAGAUCAACUUUAGGUGCAAGCCCACGUUCAGAGAGGGAGGAUCGCGUUGCCUCAGAGAUCAGAACCUGCUGAGGCAUCACUGGGUGCACCGACGCAGGCAGGAGGGCAAGUGCAAACAGUGCGGAAAGAGUUUUCAGCAGAAGAUUUUCCACAGUAAAGAAAUCAUCGCUAUUAGCUGUUCCUGGUGUAAACAGGCAUUCCACAACAAGGUGACGUGCUUCAUGUUGCACCAGAUCGAAGAGCCGUGCUCCCUCGGGGCGCACGCCGGCGUCAUCGUGCCUCCGUCGUGGAUCAUCAAAGUCAGGAAACCGCAGAACUCGCUCAAGAACUCGGCCAGGAGGAAAAAACGCACGUCUUUCAAGCGCAGGACGAGCAAGAAGGGGCUGGAUGAUUCAAAAUGGCGACCGUUCGUGCUAAAGCCCCUCCCCUCUCCACUUAUGAAGCCCAUCCUGGUCUUUGUCAACCCCAAGAGUGGAGGCAACCAGGGCGCCAAGGUGCUCCAGAUGUUCAUGUGGAUCUUGAACCCGCGGCAAGUCUUUGACCUGUCGCAGGGCGGCCUUCGAGAGGCGUUGGAUUUGUAUCGGAAAGUGCCAAACUUGCGGAUCCUGGCCUGCGGCGGGGACGGAACUGUGGGCUGGAUCCUGUCCACGCUGGACGAGCUGCAGAUGAACCCCCAGCCUCCGGUGGCCGUCCUUCCUCUGGGAACGGGAAAUGACCUCGCCAGGACGCUCAACUGGGGCGGGGGCUACACGGACGAACCCGUGUCCAAAGUUCUGGGCCACGUGGAGGACGGCUCGGUGGUGCAGCUGGACAGGUGGAACCUGCAGGUGGAGAAAAGCGGCGUCGAGCCGCAGCCUGAGGACGGCACCCAGAAGCUUCCUCUUAACGUGUUCAACAACUACUUCAGCCUGGGCUUCGACGCUCACGUCACGCUGGAGUUCCACGAGUCCAGAGAGGCCAACCCCGAAAAGUUUAACAGUCGCUUCCGUAACAAGAUGUUCUAUGCAGGAGCCGCCUUCUCCGAUUUCCUCCAGAGAAGCUCCAGAGACUUGUCCAAGCACGUCCGAGUGGUGUGUGACGGCACCGACCUUACUCCAAAAAUCCAGGAGCUGAAAUUCCAGUGCAUCGUGUUUCUAAACAUUCCCAGGUACUGCGCGGGCACCAUGCCGUGGGGGAACACCGGCGACCACCGCGACUUUGAGCCGCAGCGCCACGACGACGGCUGCAUCGAGGUCAUCGGUUUCACCGUGGCCUCGCUGGCGGCGCUACAGGUGGGCGGUCACGGCGAGAGGCUGCACCAGUGCAGAGAGGUGGUCCUCACCACGUUCAAGACCGUGCCCGUUCAGGUCAGGAGCCGUACUUGUGGUGUCUAUUCAAGGGCUCGUCUAGAAGCGGCGUGUUUUCCUCAGGUGGACGGCGAACCCUGCCGAUUGGCGCCGUCCACGUUACGCAUUUCACUGCGCAACCAGGCCAACAUGGUCCAGAAGAGCAAGCGGCGCACCUCGGUGCCUCUCCUCAACGAUAUUCAGAAGGUGUGUGCAGCUGAUCUGCGCCGCCUCUCUGCUCCCCCCGACUCCUUCUCUGUCCCUCACGCCGUUCCCGAGCGUCUGCGGCUGCGCGUCAACCGCAUCGGCCUGCACGAGUACGACCAGCUGCAGUACGACAAAGAGCGGCUGAGGGACAUUUCGGUCCCCGUGGGCAUCGUGGUGGUGAGAGGCGACUGCGACCUGGAGACGUGCAGGCUCUACAUCGACAGACUGCAAGAGGACUUGCACCAAGCGCCCUCCCUCGGCCACAGAGUGCACUACCAGGACGAGAGCCGGGGCGUGCGCAGGACCGGCUCGGGUGCCAGACUUUCUUCCAGCUGGAGCUUCUUAGAUUCCACGUCGGCUGAUCGCUUCUAUCGCAUCGACAAGGCUCAGGAGCACCUUCAUUUUGUGACGGAAAUUUGCCAGGAGGAGGUAUUUAUCCUGGACCACGACAGCCCCCCGGUGUCCUCGGGCGGCAUGCCCGACCUGGUGGUGGAGCCCAACGCCGGCGCACCUUUGACUGCUGAGGAACAAGCUCUGUUGACGGCCGCCAGCUCAGGGGAUCUCUCCAUGUUGUCGGAGUGCGUGCAUCACGGCGUCAGCCUGCUGGUGCGAGACGCGGCCGGCUGCUCGGCCUUACAUAAAGCCUCGCAGAAAGGACACGCCCAGCUGGUUGUCUUCAUCCUGCAGCGAGGGUCCAAAGUGCUUCUCGACUUGCCCGACAGAGAAAAAGGGGACACGGCCUUGCACAAAGCCGCCUCGGAGAAGCAGCACGCCGUGUGUCGGCUGCUGGUGGAGGCGGGCGCGUCGCUACAGAAAACCAACUUUCAGGGGAAGACGCCGGCGGAGCAAGCGGAAGGGGACUCGGAGCUGAGCUCGUACCUGAGCGGCCAAAUAGGCCCCCCGGCCCCCCACGAGGACUUGGAGACGGCAGUCUGACGCGCUAUUUAUUUUCUAUUUAUUUAUUCCUAUUUCUAUUUAUUGCGGCCGGUUCUCGCGGGAUGCCAGUCAAGUGCACUUUGGAGCGGCCGUCACGUAUCGUCACCGGUUGGACCGUGUCUGAAAACCGUUUAAGUCAUUCCCUGCCGUCGACGGCGACGGACGUCCGAGCCAUUUUGACCGGGGGAAGGGCGAGCGGACGACGACGUCCGCGGCCGUCGACGUUUUCACCCGUCGAGGCCUUCGUGCCAAAGUCGAACAACACUGCUUUCAACGCCUAUUAUCCUCAGUAUUCCUUCACCAGUUGGAAAGCUAGCACGCGUAAUCCACGGACGGAUUAAUACUCGGAGUCAAAAGAUGAAUCCGUCAUAUCGUCGAUGACCAAUUGAACGUUGAGCUGCCAUGCGACCCUUAUCGUGCGUGUGAUCACUGAGCCAUAUUCGAUGCAAUAUGAACAGUCGACGUCUCGUUGCAUCUCUCUGCUCGUCAUUUUACAUUACAUUAAUGUUUUUAACGUUGCGCCGAGGCAAGUACGCUAUCGUACUUGCGUGGCUGUCGCGUGGAGAUUGUCUUCUACUUUUUUGGUUUGCCCCCAUCUUGUCGCGCAAUGAUGCCGUCUUAUCCAAAUGUAAAGAUGCGCGAAGAAAGUUGUAUCGUUUCAACUCGUAUAUAUUUGGCGCGUCUGGUUUGAUUUUUUUUUUUUUUUUUAAUCUAAUAUGCACGAAAGGCGUGACAUAUUCGACGGCUGCUUGAGGGCGGACGCACUUAUCAAUUCAAUAGAAAGUUUAUAUUAUUACAAGAAGCAUUUGGUUCUGCAUGGCAUUUUCCUUGAUUACUUUUCAGUAUUGUCAUACGCGUGAGUAAUUCUCAUGACUAAGUUAUUGUUUGGAAUGUUUUCUGCCCGUUUUUUGUAUGGCUGCUAAAGAUGACUUGAAGUGUUUUGGUUUCAUUUGUAAGAAGAAGCUUUAUUCUCUGGUUUUCUUUGUUGGAAUGCACGUUUUGUUUUCUUCGUCCGCAAAACCUUUUCACAGACUUUUCAUUCAAAUUAAAGAUCUUUGUCUUCUAUGAA